UCACGACUCCGCUCACGCCACACGUCAGUCACAACCAACCUACCAAACAGAAAGCACGGGUUCGCGCAUUAAAAACAACUUUAUUCACAACCUUGACGCUAUUUCAACGUCGUUGUUAGAUCGUUCAAACGCAAAGAGAAACACGUAAUCGAUAGUACAAUGUCGACGGCAAUACAAAACGGCGUGGGCUUAUUGGAGACGCGACUGAACGGCUGUGCUCACGCACACGGACUACAAAACGGAUACGAUAUCGGACACACGGAUGGAUGCACGAACGGACACAUAAACGGAUACCAAAAUGGCGUCGAGAACGGUCACCGUGUCGAUGAUCAGUUCCUGCCGCCACCCCUGCAGCUUGACGACAAGACGCGCGCACAGAAGAUCACAACAAGGCUAUCCGAUAUGAUGUUGGGUGGUGCAGAGCUGAGACGCGUCGGGGCAGUAUUCGAGCGUGAGUUGGAGCGAGGUCUGCAAGAAGAACCCUCCAGUCUUCAGAUGGAGAACACAUACAUCCCCGAGCUACCAGAUGGGACAGAGGAAGGUUUGUUUUUGGCGUUGGAUCUGGGUGGCACCAACUUCCGUGUGCUACUGCUGGAAUUACGUGGUGGACAACUUGUGCGCGAGGACGUCAAGCAGUACCACAUAAGUGACGCUUUACGUCUGGGUCCUGGUGAAGAUUUGUUCAACUUCUUAGCUGACUGCGUGCUGGACUUCGUACAGUCUGAGGGCAUGGAGAAGGAGUCAUUGUCUUUAGGGUUCACGUUUUCAUUCCCGAUGCGGCAGCACUCGAUCCUGUCAGGUGAGUUGACCACGUGGACGAAGAGCUUCAAGUGCGGCGGCAUGGAGGGAGUGGACGUUGCGGCGCUGCUGCAGCGCUGCCUCCAUCAGCGCGGCCUCGACGUCACCGUGCGCGUGCUGCUUAACGAUACCACCGGCACACUCGUCGCCGGUGCACACAUCGAUCCCGCUGUUGGGAUCGGCGUGAUCCUGGGCACCGGAUCCAACGGCUGCUAUAUGGAGCGUGCGGACCGCGUGCGACAUUGGGAGGCGGCGCACGCGCGCGUGCAUGACGUCUGCGUGGACGUGGAAUGGGGCGCGUUCGGGGACAACGGCUGCCUCGACUUCAUACGCACCGACGUUGACAGGGAGGUGGACGCCAACUCCCUGCUCGUCGCAUCCUUCACGUUCGAGAAGUACAUCGGUGGCAAGUACCUGGGCGAAGUGUUGCGUGCGUCGCUGGCGGCGCUGGCCCGCGACCGAGAGAGUGAGAGAGGUGAGUACGCGGUGACGCUACGCACGCUAGAGGGCGCGUGCGGCGCGCGGCUCACUGAAGCGGACGCGCGCGUCGCGCAACACGUGGCAGCUGUGGUCUCCAACAGGGCAGCACAACUCGUCUCUGUCUCGGCACUGUUGCGGCGCAUGUCGCGGCCGUACGUGGUAGUGGCGGUGGACGGGUCCGUGUACAAGCGACACCCGCGCAUCAAGUCCCUCAUGCAGCGGUACAUCGCGCUCCUCGCACCUGAACACCCGUUCUCCCUACUCCCGGCGGAGGACGGCAGCGGUAAAGGUUCGGCGCUGACUGCAGCGAUCGCCGCGCGCAUGGCUUCCCGCUCUGACUAGCGCCGCGCCCCCUUCACCUUACACACCUCGCUCACUCAUCUAUAAUUAUACUCUAAAGACGCGCACUUAUUAACGAGCUCUAAAUAUAACUCUUGAAUGUUAUUAUUACUGAAACCAUCAG